AUGCUCUUCCGACAACUCCUCGCAAGUCGCAUGUGCGGAGAGGAGAUGCGCGUGAAACACGUCCAAUCCGAAAACUGCCCGCAGUCAAAGCUACUGCGUUGCUUCGUUCCAUUGGGUAAAAUGAGCAGUGAUCAACUGUGGCUUGGGAACGUCAUGCCGCAGGAAAGACAAGACCCAUUCCAGAGCUGCAAGGAGGGCCGCCAUGCGCGCUACAUUAUUUAG